AUGGCGGGAAAGGAGUUACGCUCGCGUUCAACAAAAAGCAAGGCGACUUCUUCAACAAAUAAUACGCCUUUGCAAAAUGAUGCCCGUGCUGUCAAAGCUGCUCAAGCUUUGUUAAGUGAGUCAGAUACCUUCUCAUUUACUUUGUUAUCCGCAUUCCGUAUUUUGUUCAUCAUGCGUUGUUUCUCAGCCUUGUACCGUAUCUUGGAUGAUUGUGAUGAAGUGUACAACUAUUGGGAACCUACACACUAUUUAUUACAGGGCUAUGGUAGACAAACAUGGGAAUAUUCAACAGACUACAAGAUCAGAAGUUGGGCUUUUAUUCUCGUCAAUGCGUUUGUUGGAUUUGUGACCAAGAUCAUGACCUCUACCAAGCUUCAGACAUUUUAUCUUAUUCGUCUCUUCUUUGCUGGUGUUUGUUCUUUUGUUGAAGCCAAAUUCUAUCGUACAGUGACUGAAGAGAUCAAUACUCAUGUCGGUCGUUAUGUCUUUGCCAUCUUGUUUUUCGGUGCUGCCUAUUUGCCUUCUACAUUUGCCAUGCAUUGUGUCUUUAUGGCAUUUUCAUACGCAUUGAGACCUGUGUCUGAUAUUGACCUUUCUCGUACUUACAAGGUAGUCUUUUGGAUUGGAUUGGGUGCAUUGGGAGGCUGGCCAUUUGCUGCACUUAUUGGUAUCCCUUUUGUUGUUGAAGAAGUACUUGUAUUUGGGCGCAACACAAUGACUCAACCAGAUGGUACGAUUGUAAGCUCAGUGCCUAGUCCCAAAUGGCGUUUCCGACGCUUUGUUCGUCUAGUAGAAGCCACUGCUAUCUGUGGUAGUGGUAUCACGCUUCUUCUUCUCUUGAUGGAUCACAUGUUUUAUCGUCAAUACACAGUUGUUGCUUGGAACAUUAUCAAAUACAACGUAUUUGCUGCUGCAGAAGGCCGUGGUCCUGAACUCUAUGGUGUUGAACCUUGGUAUUAUUAUAUCUUGAAUGGUGUCUUGAAUUUCAAUAUUGUGUUUGUAUUGGCCUUGGGCUCUGCUGUGUGUGUGUUGAUUACUGCCUAUAUUGACCGUAACCGUGUGCCUGGAUCGACAAAGAUGGAUGCCGUUUGGCCUUAUGUCCUACUUGGCCUCAAGUUAGUUCCAUUUUACCUUUGGUUCACUGUAUUUAGUCUUCAGGCUCACAAAGAAGAACGCUUCAUGUAUGUUGCGUAUCCUCUGGUCGCUCUCAAUGCUGCUAUUUCUAUCUACUUGAUCCGUUCUUGGACAAGUCGAUUUGCCGGCCACUACUUUGGUGCUUCUGUUCAUGUUCGUGUGUUUGUCCUCAGAUACACUUCCUUUGCCAUCCUUGCCCUUUACGCUCUUUUGUCGAUGUCUCGUAUCCUGGCCCUCCUGACCCGUUACCGUGCUCCCUUUGUUGUCUAUAGUAGCAUCUGGAAAGACAGAACACCUGAUCAACUCAUGAACCUCAACUACCUCAACGAAGAGUUUCCUACCAACGUUGACCUUCCUUACAAGAACGUCUGUGUAGCCAAAGAAUGGUACCGUUUCCCCUCUCAUUUCUUUUUACCGAGCGAUACGCGUCUUCAGUUCCUCAAGAGCGACUUUGAGGGCCAAUUGCCCAAGACGUUUGAAGAAGACCUUGUGAUUGGUAGUUAUGAAGAUGCGGAUGGAAACCAAGCGUUGUAUCGUCGUCGUGUGUAUGGAUGGUUUGGUGCUCGUUUAGCACCUGAAGGAUUCAACGAUCUCAACAAGGAAGAUCCUCGUGUGUAUGUCAAGCAAGACGAGUGUGAUUAUUUAGUGGAUAGUGAGUUUCCUCUUCGUGCUGAUACGUCUGAGCCUCAUUAUGUCAAAGACACAGAACAUUGGCAAGUUAUGGAGUGUCAACCGUUUAUUGAUGUAGAGCAUUCGAACCGUUUCUUAAGAGCUUUUUGGUUGCCUGGUUCUCCUGGUGUUGCUUGGGGUGAAUAUUGUCUAUUGAAACGUAGAAAAUAA